AUGGACUCAGACGAGGACAUGGAUGACAGCUUCUACUCCGUCAUCGAUCAGCUGGUGGCGCAGCACAAGGAGAAGCCCGUCCGCGGCUCCCAGCCCAGCAGCCCCUACCUGGCGCCGCCUGCCGCCAGCGGUGGCCGCCCACCACGACAGGCGCCAGCAGGCCAGCUGCCGCCCACUGGGCUUUUCCAGCAGCAGUCCGCCGCGCCCCUGCAGCAGAUCAAUGGCAUUGGCCCUGCCGCGUGCCAGAUACACAAGCCGCCGCUGGUGCAGCCACCGCGGCAGCAGGCACCGCCGCCUCGCUCGGCACCUGCCUCUGGCGGCGCACCACCCCCGCCAGGAGCCGGCAGCGGGCAGCAGCAGUGGGCGCAGCCUCCGCACGGCAACGGUGCUAUGCACCCGCAGGACUUGGCGGCGCAUGUGGCCCAGCUACAGGCGGAGCUGAGCCGCAGCGAGGGGCAGAACAAGCUGCUGGCGUCCAAUGUGCAGCACAAGGACCGCGAGCUGUCUGCCCUGCGGCAGCAGAAGGCGCAGCUGGAGCGCGCGGCGGCGGCGGGUCCGGGCGGGGCGGCGGCGGCGGGCCCGCAGCGGCCCUCCUUUGCCUUGGGCGAGCUGCAGCGGCAGCUGGAGUCGAUGCAGCGGCAGCUGGCGUUCAAGGAGGCGGAGAUGGAAGACCUACGGCGGCAGUAUGCCGAGCGCACAGAGCGCCUGCGCCAGACGGAUGCAACGCUGGCGGAGCUGCGGGAGCAGCAGAGGCAGGCGGCGCAAGAGGCGGCGGCGGCAGGCACUGCGACGGCGGCCCAGGAGCCGGGAGGCGGCAGCGCAGCGGCGGCGGCCUCGCUGCAGCAGCGCCCCAGCGCUGGCCAGGCCUCGUCCGCCGCCACGGAAGCAGCGCAGCGUGGCGGCAGCCAGAAGCGGCGGCAGCCGGGCAGCGGAGCGGCGGCGUCCGGCGCGACGCCAGCGGUGGCCGCGGCACCUGCGGUGGAGGCUGCAGCUGAUGCCGUGCCUGCUCCCCCUGCCGCCGCCGCCGCUGCUGCUGCUGCUGCUGGUCCCAUGCUGGACCCUGCUGUGAUGGCGGCAGCCAGCAGCCUCACCAGCAGCGCCAGCCUGGUGGCGCAGCUGAUGGCGGCGUGCAAUGCCAGCAUGGCGCUGCUGGCGGGCGCCGCAGCAGGCCCAGAGUCAGACGGCAGCGGCGCCGGCGCCGGCGCCGCGGCAGCCGCCUCCACCGCGCUGCUGCUGCGCUCGCGCUUGGCGGCGGCGGCGGCGCGGGCACGGGAUGCCGACAGCCUGGCGUUUGUGGCGGCCUUCUCGCAGCGUGUGCAGCAGGUGGCGUGCAGCAUGCUGCCGCCAUGCGUGCUGCUAGACAGCAUCGGCAGCCUGGUGGCGGCCAGCAUGGCGCAGCUGCAGGGCGCCAGCGGCGGCGACCUUCCGGAGCAGCGCCUGCAGCUGCUGGCGGCCGGGCUGCAUGUAGCGCAGCACCUGAUUGAGCUGGAUGCGGGCUGCCAGGCGGCGGCACUGGCACCCGUGCAACCCGCCAGCGGCGGCGGCUUGGCAGGUGCGGCCGCCCCACGCCAGCUGUCCAGCCGAGUGCGGCUCUGCGGCGGCGCGGCACUAGCAGCAGCCCCAGCCAGCAGCUCGCUUGCGUCCGGCAGCGGCGGCAGCAGCAGCAGAGGCGGCGCGGCGCUGCUUGGAACAGCGCUGCUGGUGCAGCGGCAUGCGCCUGUGUUUGCGGGCCUGCAUGCCGGCGCCGCCGCCAGCGGCGGCGUGCUGCUGCCCGUGGCACUGAGCGCUGCGCUGGUGCUGGGGCCGCGGCACGAGGGGGUGGCAGCCGGCGCCCUAGGCACCAUCCUGGAGGUUGCCCGGGCGAUGCAGGAGGAGGGGCAACGGGCUGUGCUGGCCCCUGUCUUGACCACAGGCACCAUGGAGCUCUUCAUGCAGGCGCCUCCCCUGCGCCUGCAAGCGCUGCGCCUGCUGCACCUGCUGCUGGAGGAUGCGGCGCUGGCUGCGCUGUUUGAGGGCGGCUUGCGGCAGGCCGCCGCCGCGCGUGGCGAGCCGGGCCCUCCCACCGCCACCGCUGCCACCGGCGGCAGCGGCGGGCAGGAGGGGGCGGGCGGCAGCGCCACGCCCGGACGCCCCCUGCUGCCGGCUCCCGGCGCGGGCUUCGGCGACGGCGAUGCGCAGCCGAUGCAGCUCGAUGUGCGGCCGCACGAGGGCGAGGGCGGCGAGGCGGGGUCGGGCCCCUGGAUCGGCGCGGCAGCCAUCGCAGAGCGCCUGCUGGAGAGUUUUGUGCUGGAUGGCGGCACGCCCGCACACGCCUCUGGCGAUGGCAGCGCCGGGGCUGCUGUUGCCGCCGCUGCCGCUGGAAGCACGGGGUCGGCGCCAGCGAGCGACGGAGACGGCGGCACGGCAGCGGGCGGCAGCGGCGGCGGCGGCGGCGUGGCUGCGGCGCGUGCCGCCAUGGCACUGGUAGCCAUGCUGCGGGAGCAGCGGCAGCACGGCAUCCUGGUGUCGCUGCUGCUGGAUGAUGCCUGCGGGGCGCCCGGCUGCAUGCUGGCGCAACGCCUGGUGCAACUGGCAGAGGCGGCCUCGGCGCUGCCAGGGGAUGACGCGAGCCUGAUGCUGCUGUGCCCCGCGCAGUGGCCCUCGGCAUCUGCGGCGGCCGGCGGCGGCGGCGGCGCCACGCUGCUGCAGCAGCAGGCGGCCUGGCAGCAGCGCCUGCGCGUGGUGCAGGAGGCGCUCACGCUGCUGCGGGGCCUGCUGGUGGACGACAGCUGCGGUGUUGCUGCCAUGGAUGACCUGGUGACCAUUCCCGGGGCGGCGCGCCUCACGCUGACCACGCUGAGCCGGCUGGCACGCCUGGAGCCGGCGCCGCCAGCCGUGGCGGGCGUCGCGCCGCUGCCGCCGCCGCUGCUGCUGGCGCCCUGGGCCCGCGCCAUUGGCAGCUCCACAGACCACCCCAGCAUCGCAGAGGCCAGCAUUGGUGGCGGUGGCGCGCCAGGCUGGCUGCCGGGGUGCAGCGUGGUUGAUGUGGUCUACAUGGCCAAGAGUGCCCGGCACCGCGUGCUGGCGCGCAUGCAGCAGGCCGCCAUGCAGCAGGGUUGA